AUGCUGCGAGCGGGCAUCGUAGACUCCAAUAUCGUUGCCGUGUGGGACGAGAGACCGGUCGCCGCCAUCGCGAUCAAGCGGAAAAGUGAGCCGUGGACCGUCGGUGCUGCUCGCGUGGACCCACGUGGGAUGUGUCACCGGUGCGUGCACCAAGACUCAAGGACCGUUGGCCGACGACCUCCACGUCCCGUCCUUGACGAGACCUUUGUCUGCGUCCCUCCCGCAGGCUUAUUGCCUCCGCGCAAGACGGCAGGCUUUAUUCUGUGA